CAUUCCUCUCCACCCUUAAGAGCGUAGCGCUCUCCUCCAUUCGCCCACCUCUGCUUUAAAGCAAUCAAGGCUGAGCCGAAGUCGGAUUAUGUGACUUGUCGAGCUGCCCCGCUCACGAUCAUCUGGAAGGGGAAGUCAUGCUACCUAUGACACAGGCGACCAUGACCCGACUCGUUUUCUGCCUGCUACUCUUUUGGGUGGACCAGGUCAACUUACAAGAGUCUUCCCAUAGCAUUAAGAAGCGAGGCCUUCUGGAGCUGGCAGGUGUAAUCAAGUGCAGCACUGGACGCACUGCCAUCGCCUACCUGAUGUACGGCUGCUACUGCGGACUGGGAGGACAGGGCUGGCCGAGAGACAAAGCUGACUGGUGUUGUCAUAAACAUGACUGCUGCUAUGAACGUGCGGAGUUUGCAGGAUGCCAACCCAAGACCGAGAAGUAUCGCUGGACUUGUGAAGAGAGAGUUGCAGACUGUGAAUCUCUGAAGGACAAAUGUGAGAAAAUACUUUGCAGAUGUGACCGUGAAGCCGCAAAAUGCCUGCGGAAAGCUCCAUAUAUCUCUAAAUAUGCUGUAUGGCCCGACUUUCUUUGUGGAUUUGAGCAUCCCAUGUGUAAUAUUUAUUAACUCCGGUGUUGUGUACACAGAAUUUAGAUGACCUGCUGUUUACUCUAUUCCGAUUUGUUUUUGUACUAUAAUGCAUUACAAAACUGAGUAAAACUAACUUUUAAAGAAGUACUCCUCAUGUGUGGACAUCUUCUUAAAACUGUAAGAAUUACUCCUAAACAUGUUUAAUAUUUAAAAUGAGGAACACAGUGACUGGAACUGAAAGCACACAAUUUGUGUGGCAUUAUGUAAGCUUGGGAAAGUGAUUUGAUAUGACCGUAAUAAAAAUACAAUGAAGUAGGAGGAGGAGAUAAAAUAGUUUGGGGAGCCGAUGUGUUUGGGACCCUCUAAUUCACCCUGUGGAUUACCAGAGAACCUGAAAAUUAAAAUUUUGGGAAGUCCUUGAAGAAAAGAAAAACAAAAAGAAAAGAAAAACACCCCAUACUUUAGUGCUAUAAAUCAGUGUUUCUCAACUGCUGGGUCUGGGUUGCAGGUUCCUGUUCAUAAUGGUAGUGGGUCAUAAUUCUGACAAUCGCACUCGAUUCCCUUUAAUUGGAAAGAGUGGGUCACGACGCCAAAAAAGGUUGAAAAACACUGCUGUAAAUCAAUCAUUAACUAUGACUGUGUUUGCAAGAAAACACAGCAUUUAAAUCUGGGGAUUUCUAGAAAGACAGGGGAAGCCUUGAAUAGGAAACUAACAAACUGGAUCAAACACAAAUACCUGGUUGAGGCACCACCUUGGUGAAGAUGAAGGGUGUGAUGGCGAUUAACAAUACUGGGAUACUCCUCUUGUUCACAUUAGGAACAAACUAUAUGCUGUUCCCAGUUUGUAUUCGUUGUUUCCCUUGGCCUAUAAAAACUUCACUCUGAAGUUUUAUUGUGUUGCCAUUUACUUUUGCACAAUACUCAAGUCCAUACUUUGGAUGAACCAGUGGCUUUGCACCCAAGAAGACUUCUGCAGAUGUAAUGAUAAGAUGUAACUGAUCUGCUUAAGUAUUGUGUUGGUUAGGAUGCAUCUCAGAGCUCCACACCUCAGACACAAUUGCACAGACAGCAGUCCCAGGUUCAAAAGACCUUUUAUUCACAAUACCUCUACAGUUUCUCUUCCACAAUAAACAAUUCUUUCUCUUUGUCCUUCCAUGUCUACCUCUUCCCAUCUUCAGCUCUCACAUUGAGGUGAGGUAGCUUUUUUUAUGCUAGACCUGGAAAGUACUUACAGGGCCACAGUGUUGCAACCAGGAAGCCAAACCUCCAUAAAACUGGGAGGUCCUCUGUCGGCAGCACCGAGGUAUCCCAACAGAUGUCCAAACUGGAGCCAUGCCAGAGAAGCACUACCACCUAUCAAAUUGGGACAUUAAUCUUUGUCGGUAGUCCAUUCCAUUACAUCUUCUCCCCAACUGACAAAACAGAAAGCAACCUGGCCAGGAUGUGCAUCUAUCCCAGCCAUCUCUCCAUAAUGACCUCCUUGGAUGGGUUAGGAACUACUCUCCAUCUGACUCAGGAUGCCAGUCAAUCCAAUAAUCUACCAGACUAUAUAGAAAGUGACAGCAUUCUUCAUACUUGAUUUACAGUAUACUAGCCACAUAACCUGUUGAUAGUUUUUAAAUGUAUUCUAUUACCUAUUUAAUAAAUUUUGCCCUAUGCAUACCUACAAUAUCUUUUCUACGUGUCCUUGUGUGUCGCAGCCUCUCUUGACUGGCGCUCCCUCUCUCAAGCCCGUUACCAUAAAGCCUCCUACUUAGACUCUUAACACUGCGAGGUGUCUUGCUUGCCUCAUGUCCGCUUUUAUACUUUAAGUCUUUGAAUGAAACUCCAAGGCUUCUACUCCUUUACUACCUGUCCUCAUUUGUGGUUUUCAAAAUGGCUUGAUUAAUAAAAUCUACCAAUGCCAUCUUGUCACAACUUAUUAAGUUUACUUUAAAAUGUUAAUUUACUUCACUUAAUGAUCACUCCCAUUUACACUUUUAAAAUCAUUAUACUCCUCAUUAAUGUGACGAAUGGCCAUGAUUGGUGGGGAACAAUAACUGAAAAAAACACAGUAGAUGGGAUGGAUGACACUUUCAGGCUUAAUGAGUGUUUCAAUUAAAAGUUUGUAAGUUUACCUUUAUUUUGGUGCCAUGAAAAGAAAACACAACCUGACAAGUCCUGUAAGCAUCUGCCUGCAUCUUAUGAAAAAAACCAAAAGAAACAACUACUCAACAACUGUGCUGGGAUGGAAAAAUACUUGUGGAUAAGAGAAAUAGAACAAUACAUGGUUAUUAAUAAUGGAAGAGCUACGAAAUUGCAACACGCAGCUAUUAAAGGAAAAGUCAGAUUGUGGCAGUGCUAGCCCUCUGGAAGAAUUCAUUUUCAGAUCCAUCUUACAUAUUUUAUGUAAGUGGUGUACAGCUGUGCAAAAUACUGCUAUGCAGUAUACAAGAAGUGAUAAAUCUGACAUCUGGUGCAUAUUGGGGCUAGUCAAGCAUUUUAAUUCUUAUGUUUCCUGUGGCUGGAUAUAUACAGCAUUUAACUGCAAAUAAUACUAAUAUCUAAGUACAUACAUUGAAAAAUUAUAUUUCAGUUCUUUUUGUAGGUUUCCUGCCAUUUUAAAAAUAUAUCUUUAAAAAAAAAAUAAAUGUGAUCAACAAUGUUGCCAUAGCUUAUGCAAUUCCCUAUUUUCUAUGUUUUAAUUACAUUCAAAAUACUAAGAAAAACGUAACCUCGCCCUAACAUACAAAUUCAAGCUUCAUUGUCAAUAGCAUUGUCAAUAGCGUGAUCUCAAUUCAAUAUU